AUGGAUAAAUGUUUUACCGUCUGCGGCUGCGAUGAUCUCGAAGGAAUUACUAACUCGGACUUGGAUCGUUUCACGGAUAAAAUAGAAAAUGUAUUAAAUGACGAAAAAGGUAGGCGUCUAUUUAGAAAUUUUAUGUUUUCAAGUAAUAUGAAGCACGGAAGGCGAACUCUAGAUUUUUGGGAACGAAAUGAAAGGCUCCUAAAUUACCCAGAAGACUCUGAUAACUCGUCUCAUCGGAGCUACCUCAGAGAUGUGGAUCAUCUUAUUAACGAGGCAGAAAGAAUUGAGGAGCUAGAUUUUGCUGCAGUGGAACGGUUAGCAAUCGCGCGCGAUGACGGUAACAAACAAGAAAUAGUGGAUGCACUUAAAGUUAUCAAAGUGGAAACGACCAAAGCCUUAAGAAGAGAAUACUUUGCAUUUAAACUGCGGUUUAUACCACCAAAACAUAAAUAA